AUGGUUGAUAUUUUACACUCAUUUUAUCCACUUGCUAAUGCAAAUUCCGCAUUAAUAUGGAUCAUCGAAAAACUUUGGGGUGAAGAUCUAAGAUUGUCAAGUGAUUCUGAUAUCAUCUUAGAUGAAAUAAAACAAGAAGAGAAACUUCUGGAUGCGAGCGAAGAAAAUAUUGAAGUUGAUGUUACGAAUGAAUUUUCCACCGACAUGGUAUUCAAUUCACAUCAAUCGCUAAUUGAAUGGAUUCAAAAUACUGGACGUAAUUUGAGAUUUGUUAUUAUUACGAAAAGGACAGAGAUUGGUGGAUUUGGGAGGAGACACAAAUUAUUGUUACAAUGUGAACGUGGUGGCACCUACAAAGAUGAUGAUUGGAUGGUAAGUGUGGUAUGUGGAACGCAUAAUCAUUCCGCGGCAUUAUAUAUGGAGAGUCAUGCAUAUGUGGGUAGGUUUUCUACUACUAAAAAUGAUAUAUUGGUGGAUUUGUCUAAGAAUUUGGUUAAGCCACGAAACAUCUUGUAUACAUUGAAGAAAGGCCACAAAGCUGAUAAAUCCCAAAUGCAACAACUCAUGUCAUUCCUACACCAGUAUGGGUACAUUUUCUUUAAUUUAAGCAAUGCUCAGAUUGAUGAGCUUGAAGAAUUAUUCUUUACACAUCCAGGCUCGUUGGAACUAUUGCGUGAAUUCCCGCAUGUGUUACUGAUGGAUGCUACCUAUAAAACUAACAAGUUCAAGAUGUCUCUAGUUGAGAUUAUCGGUGUGACUUCAACUAAGAUGACAUUUUGA